GAACAUACCCGACGGCGCUGAUUACAUAUAACGUCUCUCCUCGCCUGAACCAGACUGCAGUAAAACUGGCUAUACAAAGUGCCGCUACGCAUAACAAUGUUGCCAUGUGUUUACGCUGCUGUCGUCCUGGCGAGUCUUGCUGGCAUUUUAAAGAUUUACCUCAAGUUGACAACAGGUGUUUGUAAAAGCACAAAAAGCUUGGAAGGCAAAACGGCCUUGGUGACUGGAGCCAGUAGAGGAAUAGGAUAUCAAACCGCUCUGGCCUUGGCCCGGCGCAAAGCUCGAGUCAUCAUGGCGUGUCUCAGUAAGAGGUCAGGGGAAAGUGCCCAAGCCAGCAUAAUACGAGAUAGCGGCAAUCAGCACGUCGUGCUGAAGAUCGUGGACCUGUCCUCCCUGAGAUCCGUGCGAAACUUUGCUGACAGUGUUAUUAGGACAGAGAAUCGUCUGGACAUCCUGGUGAACAACGCAGGAACAAGUGGUAAGAUAACAGCGUUGACUGAGGACGGGCUGGACUUCACUUACGCCACAAAUUACCUCGGCCCCUUCCUAAUGACAAAUCUGUUGCUAGAUCUGCUCCAAAAAUCCUCGCCAAGUCGCAUAGUUUGCCUUACUUCAUCGGCCCACGUGGUUGGUAAGAUAGACUUUGAGAAGCUGAAGGUGGGCAAAAGCGUAAACUCCGGAAGGGUAUACUGUGACACGAAACUGGCCAUCAUACUCUUCACGAGGAAACUUGCCAAGGAACUGGCCGGCUCGGGUGUGACGGUCAACAGUGUUAAUCCGGGAAGCGUAAAAACUGAUCUCACACGCAAACAUCCGAUCAUCUACACUCUUGGAUAUUUCUUUUUCAAGAAUCCGGAAGAGGGGGCACAGACGUCCGUCUACUGCGCUGUGAGUGAGGAAGUGGAAGGAAUCAGCGGGAAACAUUUUGCUGACUGUGCACUUUCUAGCGUAUCACGGCAUGCUUGUGAUGAUCACGUCGGCGAGCGACUGUGGAGCGUGAGUCGUAAACUCGUGGGUUUGGAGAAGUAACCGUAAAUAGUGGGUGUGAAGAUAAUUGUAUUCUGACCGGACCCAGAGAAGAAAAACUCUAAAUUAAUGGUGUUGAGAAAGACUUAUGAUGCCGUGACGUAGAUGUAGUGAUGCCGUGGUGUAGUGAUCCCGUAAUGUAGUGAUGCCGUGGUGUAGUGAUCCCGUAAUGUAGUGAUGCCGUGGUGUAGUGAUCCCGUAAUGUAGUGAUGCCGUAAUGUAGUGAUGCUGUGGUGUAGUGAUGUAGUUAUGUCGAACACUGAAUGUUUAAUACAUUUACUGUAACCUGAAGUGUUGUAAGAACUGUAAGCCUUGUGGGCUAAAAUAGCUGCAAACCGGUGUAAACCGCGAGUGCAGACAAUAGUUGUAAACCGCGAGUGCUGACAAUAGUUGUAAACCGCGAGUGCUGACAAUAGUUGUAAACCGCGAGUGCUGACAAUAGUUGUAAACCGCGAGUGCUGACAAUAGUUGUAAACCGCGAGUGCUGACAAUAGUUGUAAACCAUGAGUGCUUCCAAUAGGAGUAAAGAAUCCUAUGAAUAAUGUAAACCCCUUGGCCCAGAUUAACAGCGGGAACCAGCUGAACUUGUACCAGAGAAGCUGUAAAGAAACGGAAUAAGAAAUACAACUAUGGUUAUACUGUUCAUGCAAUGGUGUCAUUACUGGCAUACUUUUCAUUAGCACUUGUACAUAAACUUCACAUUUGUUACUUAUUCAUAGAAAUGUCCUACAUGUGUAGAUCUUGUCAAAUGCACUAUAAAAAGUAAAAGCCUGUAAUAAACUUGUAUCCUGACAAUCGGCUGUCCUCCUCGUCUCCUGGCAGGGAUUUCCCGGUCACGCCUUAUAAUACACAACCGUGUGUCAAAUAGGGGUUUCUUAGCCAAAAACUCGGGUAGU